ACAGUUUUGAAGAAAUUAACAUUAUAUGAGGUUUUGACACAAUAAAGUGUGAAGCUCUGGCUAGUCGCAGUGUUAACAAUAACAAUGUACCCGAUCUAACUGGAUUUAAUUGUGUAACAACGACCCCGUAACACUCCGGAAUACCCAAGGUUGUUUGUCUGUUAUGUAUCGAGUAAGAAAGUGGGUGGCCACUAUAUUGGGCUGGCAGCGGUGAAGUGUAUACCGCUCACAAGACCACUCUAGCACGUCUACAGUAAGCGCGGGUGUGCCGCGGUGUCUAUCGUAGCCUUGUGCCUCCUCGAUCGGGACACCUUCCAAAAUCUCUAACAAACAUGGAAAAACAUUAUAUUUUGUGUGUUCUAGCUUUCGUCGGAUGCUUUAGUGGAGUGGCUGGCGACUCUGCAUGUUCUCGAGCCAACAGGACGACGAACCCCCAGAACUGUUUGUUGCAAAUAUUGUCGCGGGCGGUGAACAAGGACUUGUUCUGGUUCGGCACUCCCUAUCGCACCUUGUGUCCCACACCUGAAACCAAUGUACUAGGCUGCGCAAAUUCGUCCCCUGGCGUGGCGGACAGUAUCGUCUCUCGGCUCUUCUACUCCGUUGGUAUAGACGCCAACCUCGUUAAAAAGUACAUCGACAUCAAUUUCACCUCUCCUGCUGGUACAUACUCCGGCUGCGGAAACUCAUGGACAGCAGCGGAGAAAGAAUUUACUGUCGAUCCACUCUCAGAUGAAGUGUAUCAUCCAUGGGAAGUUCGGAUGCAACCAUCGAUCACGUGGGAUGCCGAGGCGGGGAAACUGUACACACUGAUUGUCUACGACGUAGGUUCUCAUAUACAUCACGGUGUGUUCAUCAACAUCGAGGGAGGCGACCUGUCCAAUGCCGAGGCGAUUGUGGCGUAUCGGGGGCCUUUGACUGCUGCGGAGAAAGCCAACGUGUACACGUUCUGGCUGUACGAGCAGGCUGGGCACGUCAACUUGACCGAUGAUUGGCGUACAAAACUAACCACUUCCUUUGCUGCCUACAACAUGUCUGACCUCAGACAAGACCUCCAACUCACAGGGCCUGUGGGACUGAACUGGCUCCUGGCAUCCGCUGAUGGGUACUCCAUAGGGACCUUCUUGGCUAGGCGCAUCCUGAACAACUGCCCUUUACUGUACACACGAGCACUGUGGAAGGAGAACCGGUUUUUCGCCAAGCGUGACCUGACACAUCUCCAGGCAACUUUAAGCAUAACCUACAACACCCCGUCUCUAGCGUUCCCUUCCUGUUGUACAGACUACACAUACAGUGCCAAGACCUUCCAGACCAACCUUCUUGGGAAUACUUUACAGCGAUGCGGUGACGUCAGAUCUUCGGUGGCGCCCUCUGUCGCUAUUAUCAAGAGAACUCUUCUGACGGAUGCCUACACGUUUGCCGGAACCUUGCAUACGUUGAUCAUGAUUGACCUUGACGUACCGAACCCCCUGGUUGGUACCGAAACCGAACCACUGCUACACUGGCAAAUCAUCAACAUCCCCAACGGGACGGUCGAGCUGGGGGAGACAGUCCAGACGUACCGGGGCCCCGCCCCUCCCGACAACACCACACAUACCUACUACUACCUCUUGUACCAACAGAACAAACGUCUAAACGUCGACGAUAUGGGGAGAUAUGUCGACCCUGACUGCCCCGAGUCUGUGGCCGGAAGGUGCCUGUUCAACCUUGCAUUGUUUGUGCUCGAGAGUGCGUCACCAACAACUCCACAAGGCGCCAACUGGAUUCGAGCUGAGAACGACGAGUAUAUCAGAUAUACACAUAUCCAGAACGGUGGAAAUGAGGAAGAAAUCUGCGCAGACGUAGACGGUUACGACAAUCCAUGUCCGGUAGAUCCGGUUAAUGGUGCUACGAGGUCAAUAAGCACGUGCAAUCUGCUUGCUACCAUGUUAAUAUUUACAAUAAUAUUGCUCAAUCGAGUGCGAGGAAUAGGUUAUUUUUGAAUGGCCAGUUCCUGACAUG